GACAUGAUCAGGCCUCACUCUGCAGCCUCAGGCGAUUGACAAUGAUACAUUGAUAGAGAAGAGGUUCACAAAGAAGUCAGAUGUACAGCGCUGUAGCGCCAGCUCUUUGGAGCAGCGCCUUGCUGUCAGCCCCACCCUAGGUGACAUGGAUACAUUACAGAUGCCCACACCGCAGUCGCAGCACCCACUGCACAGUUUGUAGCUCGAGUGCCAUGGGCAAGCGGGGCCGCCCUGCUGGCAAGAAGGCCAGCCAGGCCCCCAAGGCUGCGGCCAGCCAGCCCAGUAAGUAUGGCAUUGCCCGCUUCCUCGUGCGGAGCACACCCGCCGCCAGACCUGGUGGAGAGGCAAGAGCAUCUCCAGCAACAGCUGUGCCCAUGCAAGCUUCGCAGCCCAAACUAGACCAGGACGACGGGCCACCAGCGCAGCGCCUUGGUGACGAUGAGGAGGCAGCUGGCAGGUACAGCGACGCCCGGCCUGUGAACCCCUCCCCACGCCCUGCUAUGGGUUCUGUGCGGCAGCUUGAGCUUCCGGUGCUCGUGUUGCCGGUGGUGGAGCCGGCCCCUGCGCUGGCCUCGCCCAUGCCGCCCCACACGGAGGAGCGCUCUCCCCAGCCAGCCAAGCGUCCACGCAUCUCAGGUGGCCUGGGCUUUCUUCUGAGCCAGAACGAUGGAGACGAGGUGGUGUGGCACGCCUCGCCGCUGCCCGUGCGCCCAGCACUGCCCGCCCUGGAGGACGGCCCCGGGCCGCGCGAUGGCAGCGGGUAUGCUCGCGGGGGCCCUGCUGGGUUCAGUGGGCGCAGCAGCCCCGUGCCGGCGGUGAAGAGCAUGCUCAGCACCGCGUCCAUGCUCAAGCAGUGCGGCAAGACCACCAGCCCCCCAGACACCAAGCCCAUGAGCAGCAUCCUGGAGCAGUGGCUGCAACCAAGGGCGAGCCCAGCGGUGGGCCCUGCGCCCGGGGUGCUGACGCCCCAAGACGCCAACCGCCAGAAAGCCCUCAUCUCAUCGCCGGAAUAUACUGUGGCAGCGGCUGCACUGGGGGCCUCUGUUUCUGAGAGAGCUCUCGUGCUGGUGGAUGCCGCUCCCUCAGCCGCCAUCUCACCAGGCUCACGUGAACCUCGGGAAGAUUCAACAAAGGAGACACCCCCGACGGGCAGGCUGUCGCUCGCAAUACAGUCACCGGCAGAACAGCUGUGGGGAGAGGCUGCCAGCGAUGCUGCUCCAGGACUUGCCACGCCGCGCUUCACUGCCCCUGGCCAGCCGGGGAAGAAGGUGCUGCUCGAGUUGCUGGACCGUGUGGAGAGCGCAGUGCGGCAGCGGCGCCAGUCCGGCAGCCCCCAGGAUGCGCUGCACAGCAGGAGCCCUCUCAUCUCCCGGAGACGGCCCAGCUUAGCCCUGCCAGGGGACAGCGAUGCAAUCCAAAGAUUGGCCGCCAGCCUUGAAGCGAUAUCAGAGAGGACAGAAGGCGAAGGCGAGUCCCCUGCCACGCUUGAGUGUCAGGAAAAGGGGCUGGCUGUUGUUCCGGAGGGGUGUCUGCACCCUGGCGAGAAAGACGGGGCCCCAGGAGGAGACGCCGGGCCCCUUGCACUGGGCGUGAGUGCGGCUGAGCUGGCCGCGCUGCAAGCGGCGUUUGGGCUGGACGAGGAGGAGUGGCAGGACGAGGCCCUGCUGCAGGAGGUGCGCGCAGCGUGCCUGGCCGCAGAGGGGCACGCGCCACAGCCACAAGCACCGCAGACGGGGCAGCCGCAGCAGGCAACAGCCACGCCUCUAGAGAAAGACGGGGCAGGGCAGAGCUUGGCACGGGACAUGGAAGCGCACACAAACGAAGAGCGAGCAGCAGCGGAGGCCCAGGUCGCAGGCACACCGGAAGGAGCAGAGAAGGUGGCCGCAAAGGGGGGAGUGGCAGCAGAGGGCUGGGAGGGGCAGCCUCGAGGCGAGGGGGAUGCGGCAGAGGCGGGGGGACUGGACACAGCGCUGCUGCAGCACCAGUUCGUGGUGACGGAGGUGGCGGACUGCGCUGGCACUGAGAGCGGCCUCGAAAAUGUCCCCCAAAAGGUGCUGCGGGUUGUGGGCGACCUUCACGGCGAUGAGGCGCGGCUGCUGCUGCAGGACGAGUGGGCGGACACCCCGGUGGCAGCCGGCGACCGUAUGAGCGUGCUCGGGGAGUGGGCGGUGGACCCUGCGACGCGCGACCGGCAGUGCGUGCUGUCGCGGCGCGGGGGCCUGCUGGUGCACCACCCCGACGUCCUCGUCAAGGGCUCCAAGGUGGGCAGUGCGUCGGCGUGUCUGCGGCGCGUGGUGCUGGAGGAGCGGCUGCACGGGGACGACAUGAGCCAGGCCGCGCUGCUGGGCACGCUGCUGCACAUGCUCUUCCAGGCGGCUCUGUUGAGCGGGGACGUAAGCAGCGAGAGCCUGGAGGAGGAGGCGUGGCUGCUCGUGCAGCAGGCGCAGGAGAAGCUGUACGCCGCAGGGGAGAGCGAGCAGAGCGCGCUGGAGCACCUGUGCGGCAGCAUCCCCGCCAUCCAGCACUGGGCGCACGACUUCCUGCGGCCAGCGCACGCGCAGGUACCGGAGACGAUGGUCGACUUUGGGGUGGAGGGGCAGCUGGCGACCGCCGUCACGCAGGUGGUGGACAUUGAGGAGAGCGUGUGGUCGCCGCUGUACGGCCUCAAGGGCAAGAUCGACGCCUCCCUGCGCGUCGCCACCCGCGGCCGCGGCCCCCCCCGCACCACAGUCAUGCCCUUCGAGCUCAAGACGGGCAAGAGCACCACGGGAUUCGCGUUGCUGGACCACCGCGCGCAGGUCAUCAUGUACACGCUGCUCAUGGGCGACAGGUAUCAGGAGGCCAUCCCCGGGGGCCUGCUCUUCCACAGCCAUACGGGCCGCUCGCUGGUAAGCCCCCCAGGCAUGCUCCAACUGGUUCGGGAUACGGGCAGGAUCGCGUCGCUCCCGCAGCGCCAUGGCCACCUCGCCGCCGCCUACCCCUCCGUCUCUGCCUGCUACUUCGGCCUUCCCCUCUCUGCCUGCUGCGCUGACGGCGGUGCGCCGUGGCCGAUGCAGGGCAUCCCGGUGCAGCGCAGCGAGCUGGUGAGCCUGCUCCAGCGCCGCAACCAGCUGGCGCACGCCCUCGCAGCCGCCGCGCGCAGCCACCCCGCCGGCCCCGCGCUGCCCGCCGUCCUGCAGGUGAGCCCCACAAAGCGCCGCCCCGCACACGACCCGGGGGCCAGCCUGGCCUGGUGGUACCAUAACAUAGUUUCAAGCUGGAAGUUUGCCCGCAGCCUCUGUAAACGCUUCUGUCUCCUGGCGGCCAUAGUCUUCUCGUGCGCCGUCAGCAUGAUUUAUGCGUGGCUGCAGGAGGACCGGCAGUGCCAGAAGUGCUCCCAGCUGGAGGCGUGCGCCGUGUACCAGGCAGCCACCCACGAGGCAAACCCCGCGCAGGGCGGCUCGUGGGACUGCUCCGAGAACGAGGCGGUCGCCGGCAAGGGCAGCCACUUGAGCGCGGGCCACGCCGCCUUCUUCCGCCACUGGGAGUACCUGCUCAGCAAGGAGGAGGAGGAGACGCAGGGCGACCUGCGCGGGGUGUGGGGCGCGAGUGGGCAGCAGCAGCAGGCGGCGGGCCAGUGCCUGGCGGCGCUGCGGCUGGCGGGCGAGCCGGAGCGGCUGGCGGGCGGCACGGCCACGGCGGGCGGGCGAGCGCACACGCUGGUGUACCACUUCCGGCCGUGCGGCUAUGCGGCGCAGGACGGGCCGCUGCACGAGGGCGACUACGUGUUGUUGAGUACGGAGGGCGACCAUGCGGCCGUGGCGAUCGCCACCGGGGUCAUUGUCAGCAAGGACCCCGACGGAAUCAAGGUGUCAGUGCCGGCGGCGCUGCGGCUGCCUGCGCGGGGCGGCCUAUCGGGCGCCGAGCGACUGGCGAGCACCACCUGGCGCCUGGACCGGAACGAGACGGCGUACCACUCCAACCUGGCAAGGAGCAACCUGGUGGCGCUGCUGGCCGCCAGCGGGGACGACCGCCGGAGAGCUCUCAUCGUGGACAAGCAGGCCCCCGUGUUCGACGGCUCGCUGCUGGGCAGCCAGGACCCCGCGCUCGCCUACUGCCGCCAGCUGCACCACAUCAACGACGACCAGCGCGCAGCGCUCACGCAGGCGCGCCGCGACCCUCACCUCAUCCCGAUACGCGCAUCUUUGUUUCUCUUCCACCCGCAGAAAAGGCCGUUCAAAUCGUUGCACUUACCGCUCCUUUUGUUCCUUUUUCAAAAAGCUUUCACCUCAGCUACAGUGCUGUGCGCGCGCGACUACUGCAUGGUGCUGGGCAUGCCCGGCACGGGCAAGACGACCACCAUCUGCCACGCUGUGCGCGCGCUGCUGGCGCGCGGAGCGUCCGUGCUGGUGACCUCGCACACCAACUCCGCCGUGGACAACAUCCUCACCAAGCUGCACCAGCAGGGCGUGGAGUUCGUGCGCGUGGGCCGGCUGGCCUCCAUCCACCCUGCGGUGCAGCACGCGGCUCUCGACAACCCGGGCACGGCUCCCGCGUCCGUGGCGGCCCUGGAGGCGCGCGUGGCGGCGGCGCGCGUGGUGGGCGUGACGUGCCUGGGCGUGACGCACCCUCUGUUCCGCAAGCGCACCUUCGACGUCUGCAUCGUGGACGAGGCAUCCCAGAUCACGCUCCCGGCAGUGCUGGGGCCCCUGCUGUGCGCGCGCGCCUUCGUCCUGGUGGGCGACCAUCACCAGCUGCCGCCCCUCGUCAAGAGCGCUGCUGCGCGCGAGGGCGGCCUGGACGUGAGCCUCUUCAAGCUGCUCUCCGACGCGCACCCGGAGGCCGUGGCCGCGCUGCAGACGCAGGUGAGGCACGCACACGGCGCACCCGCGGCCCCGGCCGUGUGGCUGGAAGGGCCAGCAAGUAAGGGCAAUGCCGGCAAUGGUUGGUUGUUCAAGGCCUGUGUUAUCACGAUGUACAACGACAAGGCCCGGCGGAUUGAUGUGGCUGGCCUGACAGCUAGAAACGUCAUGAUGGCCCAUAGAGUCAUUGUUGACGACAUCCAUCGGAAAGUGGCUUCCUCGGCUGCUCCUCUGGCGCCCGGAGCCUGCGGCCGGUCUGCUGACGCGGCCCUGCCCGGGCUGGUGUGCGUGCAGUACCGCAUGUGCGCGGACAUCAUGCUGCUGAGCAACACGCUGGUGUACGACCACCGGCUGCGCUGCGCGUCCCCCGCCCUGGCCUCCGCGCGCCUGGCCGUCACCCCCGACUUCGCGGGCAGCCAGGACAGCGCGUGGCUGCGCGCCGCGGUGGACCCGCUGCGCCGCGUCGUGUUUUUGGACACGGACUCGCUCGGCGGCGGCGGCCAGGAGGCGCGCCAGCAGGGCGCCGUGCACAACAUGGCGGAGGCCUGCCUCGUCACCAAGGCAAGCGCGCACACACACGGCCCCUGCACUCUUGCCCCGCACACGUGCCGCGUGACGGCGAACUUCGAAAAGCCUGUGGUGAGUGCGCUGGAGGCGGGCGGCGUGUCCCCGGCGGACAUCGGCGUCAUCUCGCCGUACCAGGCGCAGGUGAAGCUCAUCGCGCGCCUCACGCCCGACCUCCGCGCGGCCGGCCUCGAGGUGCACACCGUCGACAAGUACCAGGGCCGCGACAAGGAGUGCAUCCUGGUGUCGUUCGUGCGCUCCAACCGGGAGAAGGCCGCGGGCCAGCUGCUGCAGGACGCGCGCCGCAUCAACGUCGCCCUCACCCGCGCCAAGAAGAAGCUGGUGCUGGUGGGGUCGGGCAGCACGCUGGGCGGCGUGCCGCUGCUGGCCGGCCUGCUGCGGCUGGUGCUGGACCAGCGCUGGCUCGUCUGCCUGCCCCCGCGCGUGCUGCAACACCAACCCCUCCACGUCCCGCGCGACGACGCGGCCGCGCUGCGCCUUGCGGCGCACGUCCAGCAGAGCCUGAGCCAGCGCGAGGUCGACGGCACACCGGAGCCGGAUGCCGCACAGAACGGACACGAGAGCAGCGAGGGAGUGGGAGAGAGCACGCCAGCACGGCCGGCACGGUACUCCCCUAAAGGAAAGAUCUGGAAAGUAUUCCAGAAAGGCACGAAGAGCAAGGACAUGGCAGGGGGCCGAAGGCCGCUGAAGCCGAUCUCGGACAACGUUGUAGCAAAUAGGAAGCUGGCCUAAGACGUUUGCUAGGCGAGGAUUCAUUGCAGAGUCAAAAAGCUAACGAGAUCAGGUUGACAUCCAGCCAAACAAUAACAAAUGUCGAUGCAGUCAAUUACCUUGUAGAGCGAGUUGAGGGGAAUUCGGCAGAAUCAACCGGUGAAGAAUCGAUGUUCUUGAUGUUCAAAGUGCUGCGUGUGCUUCGAGAUGGG